CAGGCACCCAAGAAGGCCAAGAGGAGGCAGCAGCAGGGAGAGGGUGGAUCCUCCAAUGUGUUCUCCAUGUUUGAGCAGAGCCAGAUCCAGGAGUACAAGGAGGCUUUCACAAUCAUCGACCAGAACAGAGAUGGCAUCAUCAGCAAGGACGAUCUCAGGGACGUGCUGGCCACCAUGGGCCAACUGAAUGUGAAGAAUGAGGAGCUGGAGGCCAUGGUGAAGGAGGCCAGCGGCCCCAUCAACUUCACCGUUUUCCUGACCAUGUUCGGAGAGAAGCUGAAGGGUGCUGAUCCCGAGGACGUCAUCGUGAGCGCUUUCAAGGUCCUGGACCCCGAGGCCACCGGCUCCAUCAAGAAGGAAUUCCUUGAGGAGCUCCUGACCACCCAGUGCGACAGGUUCACCGCUGAGGAGAUGACCAACCUGUGGGCGGCUUUCCCCCCAGAUGUGGCCGGCAAUGUUGACUACAAGAACAUCUGCUACGUCAUCACACACGGAGAAGAGAAGGAGGAAUAA